AGCCUGGUGGAAGUGUUUUUCAUACGAACCAGUGACAAGGUGGCGAGCAGUGGCCCCCGGAUAGCAGAGAUCACAGGCUGCACAGGAGACCGAGAAAGGAAGGGGGAAGAGGAGGAGCAGGAGGAGGAGAGAGGAGCACCGCGAACAGCCGCUGCUGGAACCACGGCAACACACCAAGCUGGGAGGAAAGGAAAAGCAGCGAAGCACCAGAGGAAACUAUUCCAGACGGAGAAGGUUUAGCCUCACUGACAGAAAUGGGCGUGUCAUCUCCACCACUGCCGAUAAUUUGCAUAUAUCUGGCAGCUGCCCUGAUUGGUAAGGCUCACUCUGAGGGGGUGUGCCUUCACGACGGCACGCACAAGGCCAUGCCCAGCCCUGAGCUGCACCUGUCGGAGUGUGGUCUGUACGCUGACAACAGCUGCUGCACUGAAGACAACAUCCAGGACAUCAACUACUUUCCUUCUGCCAGCAAUAAGAAUGAGCCCUGGGACAAAUGUGGGGCUCUGAGUCCUGAGUGUGAGGGCUACCUGAAGCGAGUGUCGUGUUUUUACCGCUGCUCCCCCGAUGCGUCCCGUUGGCCUCAUCCCCACCGCCGCUCCUACAUCCAGGCGGUGCCGCUCUGCCACAGCUUCUGCCGUGAUUGGUUCGACGCCUGCAGGACGGACAUGACUUGUGCUCGCAACUGGGCUAGAGACCCCCGAGGACAGAACUGCACUGGCACCUGCGUUCCGUAUCAGCAGAUGUACCAGCAUGGCAGAGACCUCUGUGAGAGCCUGUGGGGCGACGCCUUCAUGACCGUGGAGGAUGACCCACAGGAGGUGGUGGAGACUGGAGAUGCUGGAGCGGAGGGUCGCCCCUGCGGCUGCCUGACCCUCAGUCCCUCGGACAAGGACGUGAUCGCCGCCCUCAGGGCCCAGCAGGACGAUCCAGAGGAGCUGGACACCACCAAGACCGGGUUGCCUCAGUACCGAGCCCCCUGCAAGGCCAAGCUGCCUGAAGCGGCCAAGAGCAGCAGGAAGGGAAACGCUGCGCUGCGUAAGCGCUCGGUGGAGAUCGAGGACGUGGAGGGGAGUGGGAGUGGAUUAUAGUCAAUGUUUGAUAGAUUAUUAUUUAGGGAUGAUUGUCUAGUUGCACUGUAUCUUCACCCUAAAACGAAGCUGUAACUUUUCUCCUCUAACGCCACCUCCAACACAAACAUAGAUACAAUUACCUCCAUCCCAGCUGGUGUUGUCUCAGUGAUGCAGGACUUGUGGAGCCAAGAGACCUUUGCUGUUUUGGGUCACGGCGUACCUGCAGGUUCAUGACGGUAGAGGCAAAAUUCAAAAUUCCUGAAGCUUUCUGAAGGUUUUGGACUAAGUCAGUGUUUUGCAUGUGUGAUGAAGUUCCGUAGACAACUUGUCGUUAGAGCUGUAGGAACGUAACGUAUGCCUGAGCUUCAGCCCCAUCCUGCUCUUUCAUAGUCGACUCUAACCUGUGUGUUAAAUCCUGUCGUGUUGCUGAGCUGUGCUGUCUAGUGGAGCCUUGGCAUGGUGUAGUCAUGACGACGGGUGUAUUUUAGAUUUUAUUUCGUUUCUGACCGACGACCGGCCUGAAUGUGAGGGCUCUGGUGACGCGUCUCGGACCUGAGAGAGGGUAGACCUGCAGAGGCAACGGUCUGGGUUCUGUGAGCGCUUCUUUCAUAUCAUUUUGUGGAGAGACGAACUUCUUAGGUGUAAAUGUUUUGUAAAAAAUAAUAAUAAACAGCGAAGUGAUUUGUCUAAGAUUGUUGGAAUUUGGUGUUUCUGUACUUUUCUUUACACUCAAUAAAGACAACUGGUCUAAGCGUCA